UGCAUGCAACAAUGCUGCCCCGUGUAUGAUAGACUUAACUUUAACUUUUGCAAAUAAUGAGCUAUCUAAUUAAAAGGUAUACAGUAGACGGGUAGAUCUAACUGUAAAAUUUUCCCUAGCAACAUGCCCACGCAUAAUUAUCAACCCUAAAAAAAAAAAAGGAGGAGCACGGAGAGAGAGCUUUGAAGAAUGUCUGGGGCAACAAACUAUCAUUAUGAAGGAGGGAUUAUGGUCUUUACUCCAAGCAUGGAGGAGUUCAGAGACUUCUCUUCCUUCGUGGCGUAUAUGGAGAGCCAGGGAGCCCACAAUCACGGGAUAGCUAAGAUCAUACCACCAAAGGAAUGGAUACCGUGUACUGAUUACAGUAAAGUGGAGGAUUUUGUUAUAUCUACUCCUGUAUCUCAGUUUGUUAAUGGACAGCAAGGUUAUUAUCAAUUGUAUAACAUUCAGAAGAAGUCUGUACUUUCAGUUGCUGGCACAAAACAUAAGAAAAUCCUAGAAAUAGCGACGCCAACAAAGAAAAGAAAACCGGCAGAAAAGAAGCAAUCUGAUUGGACGGACAAUUUCGAAGGACUCUGGCAGAGCCAGCCACAUGACUUCCUGAUUGAAAGAGCUUUCAAUCAGUUACUCUCUCGUGGCCAAUCAAAAUGCUGCAUCUGUUCUUUAUUUGAUGUACCGAGCCCAUUCAAUACGUACAAUGUCUCACAACUAUACUCUACAGUUCAGUGCAUCAAGGAGUCCAAGAUUAGAUCAGGACAAAGCUUCAAAAAAUGCUCCAUUUGCUCAGAGUCAAAGAGUGGUGCUUGUGUCCAGUGUAUUUGGCCUAAAUGUUACACUUACUUACACGUCACUUGUGCUCAGUACAGCUCACUGGUACCGCAGACGCUAGCUGGAAAAUCUGGUUUUGUCUGCAAUAAACACACCUCUGAGGAAACUGUGUCAAUUUCUGUUGGGGAUGAGGUGUAUGCUAAGACUGGAUCUUCAAGGUUACAAUAUGCUCAUGGAACUGUUGGUGGUAUUGAUACUCUUAAAACUUAUGAGGUUCAGUUUGACGACGGAACCCUUUGCUCUGAAAUGUUGCUCAGAGAUAUCAUAGUUAAUGAUGGAGCUCCUGAUCUUGGUAGCUGUGUUAAAGUUAAAUGGAGCAAAAGAGAAAUAUAUGAUGCAAGAAUAAUCGGAUACACCACAGUACCGCAAUACAGAGUUAUAUUCGACAAUGGCACCACUAAUACAGUAACGGAAGAAUUCAUUUAUUCACUUAAUGAGCCUCUACCAAGAAGAGUCAAAGACAAACUCAAAAAACACACUAACGGUACAAGACCAGUCACUCCUAUUCCUCUAUGAUAUCCAAACCAUACCCACCCACCCCAUCUAAUAAUAUCAGUCUCAUUAUUAUUAUUAUUAUUAUUAUUAUUAUUAUUAUUAUUAUUAUUUUUGUUAUUCAGUAUUGGGUUCAGUGUGUAAUGUGUACGUGUGUAAACGU